UGCACAUUCAAAACAAAGCUUCAACAUUGUUCCGUCACCUGGAGGAAAAAAGAUGGAUAAAACGUCAGUUUAUCUGUGCCUUGGGACACUAACUUUCCUGUUCACAAUAUCUAUGCAGUCUGUUCAAGGGAAGCCUUACUUAUUGCAAGACAAUGAAUUGUUUCCAGAGAAAGAAGAUAUUCAUCAUCAGGAUAUGCUAUUAUCAUUCCUCCUUAAUAAACACAUUCCUCUAAGAAGACCUUCAAAUUUUGAAUUGGAGCUUGAAAGCCGUCUAGAAGAACUGGAACAGCUGGAGAAACUCAAGGAGCAGCUUUUGGAAUCAAAGACCUCAGAUAUGUCAUAUGCUGUAGAUGGGCUGUCACCAUCGCAUCCUAACAAACGAGCUUGCUUUUGGAAAUACUGUGUGUGAAGAUGUCCCUGGAGAUGGCAAAUUAUUAUUUCCUGAAUCUAAGAAAAUGCCUUGACAUAUCAAUCAAGUAAAAUCAGUACGAAGAAAACUGUGAAGUUAUUUUUUAACAGUGUUAGUAAAUCAUUUAUGUAUCUUCAGUGUUCAUCUCAUUAUACACCUGUAGAAGACCUAUUCUACCAUUGACAUCCCCGAGUGCUUCAAGGAUUUGCAAGAUAAUGCAAGCGGAGACCUGUUUUCUUUCAUUAGCAGUGCCAUCUAUUACAGAUUUGUUCAAUAAACAAUCAGAAAUUUGCGGUUA